AUGAAUAAUGGAUUGCAGGAAUUGGAGAACCUGACUUUUUAUUACAGGUUAUGGGUUCUUGGAAUCCACUAAUUUUUUAAUAGGUUAAUAAGAGUUUAAAAAAUGAAGUUGAAAUUCUUUAUUUUUUAUGUAUUUAUUUUUCAUUUGAAUAUAAGGUUAUUAUGAAUACAGAAGAAGUUGAUAUUAUUGAGAUCAAUCUUUAAUAUUAGUGUCCUUUUUUGCUUAUUCCUAAAAAGAAAUUAAUAUCGAAGUAUGUAGAGUAUUUUAUCAUUCUUUUUUUCUAAGCAUAUUAAAGGCUUGCUACAUGUAUAAAUCUGUAGAAUCUAACAGCAAUGAAUGACUUAAACUAAUUAUAUA